AGAUCUGAGGACAUGCCUCAGUCACUUCUGCUGCACAGGUUUUAGGGGAGAGCACACAGAGGCAGGCAGAAUUAAUAUCAAAGUGAUAGAAGAGGACAGUAGCAGUGUCAAAGUGGACAGAGGGUAGGGAGACGUAUAUGUUGUUGUAUUUCUUUCUCUAAAGAGAGGACAGAAUAAAGUCUGUCAGUGCAGAGGAGAGGAAGCAAGAAGCCAUCAGGAGUGGGACUACCCAGCUGUUGGAGGUUCCUCCAGAGAGGGUGCAGAUAUCUUUUGGCCUCCACUGGGAGUCAGAGGCUCAGAGCCCCAGGAUCAAGAAACAUGGAGCCUUCUGUGUCAAAAGAGGUGGAGGGAGAGCACAAGGAGAGGAGAAAGAUCCAAUUUGCUGUGCCGGCCUCUGACCCCACCAACCUGGACCCUCGGCAAGUGGAGAUGAUUAGACGCAGGAGACCCACACCUGCCACACUCUUCAGAGUAGCCGACCAAUCCCCUGAGGACGAUCAGUCUGCUCAUCAGUGGGUCGUGGGGGAGAAUGGCGUGCUUAAACCAAAACGUGUGCAUCAGUAUGUCUAUCAACCACCAUCGCUCAAAGCCGUGCAGAAGAUGGCUGAAGCCCAAAUGUGGAAACUAGGUGUCUAUUCUUUGGAAGACCCUUGUGAAGGAGACGAGGAUAAGGACCACGGGGAGGGAGAGGAGGGAGAUGAGGCAUCUCCCACCAAACCUGCCGAUCAUCAAGAGACAGGCACCACUGAACAGUUCUCCAGUGUGAAAGAGACAACCAACGAGAAAGAGACAGAACAGGAAGAAGAAGAAGACGAGGCAGAUGAAGAAAAGAAAGAAGACAAGAUUGAAAACAGUCGGGCGUGUAACUGAAAGGGAGAGCGGAGAGGAUAUUUUGGAGGGAUGAUUUGAGGGGAAAGCUAGUGUUAUUGUAUGGUUUAUAAUCUAAGGAAUUUGUAGACUUGGAGAAAUUGGUGGAGUCUCGUUAUUGGAGAGAAUGAUAGAAAAUUCCAUGUGCACGUGAUGAAGCAAAGCUUUUCGUACUACUUACCCUCUAAAGGGUCUGCUGGAUUCAAAGUGAAAAAUGAGCAGGUGGGGAAUGAUCUACUGACAGAGCAUUACGCUGACGCCACUUUGGCCCUGCUGACCCGUUUUUAUAAUGAGAGUGGAUGGGCUAAGGUCAGUGUGACCAAAAACUCUGCAAGCGGAGGUCCUCCCUUUGCUGUUUAUGCUUCAGCUCAGAGCUAAACAUUAUUUUAAAGAGGCUAAAAGGUUAAACAGAUAAAAAUUCUUGGGUAUGAUUUAAACUUUAAGAGCCUUUUUUAUGACCCCCUGUAAAAUGACUUGGAAGGUUUUAAACAUGUGUGGCAUGUGUUCUGCUUCAUUUUGAAAUCAAGGCCUGCAUUGUUCCAACCAGCCCUUUGUGUGUGCUGCCAUCUUGUGGUGAAAAAGUAGCUUGACUAGGCUUUAAAGUCCAACUUAGCUCAUUCUUUAUUCUAAUUGAGUUGUAUUCAAUGAUGUUUUAUUCUUACUUCUAACUUUAGAGCUUUAAUCUCUACACCUCUUUGGCUUCAGACACUGAAUUUAUUUGCAAAAUGUGAUUUCUUUCUUACGACCGACUUUAUCAAGAUUAUAACAAACCCCUUAUUGUAGAAGAAUGCUGGCUUUUUUUGUUCUAUUUUUUAUUUCUAAUUAAACUGAAUCAUUCUCUAAAGCGUGCUUUUACCUAACGAUUAUUGGUUCAAUGAGCGUACGUGUUGUUUCCUAAUGUCUUUAACUUUAUAAGAUUUAAAAUUUAAGAUUAAAGGGCAAUUCUACCUCCUGUUGAAAAGAAGAAAAUACAUCUACUGCCUCCGCACUGUAGUUACAAUAUCAUUCACAGAAAGAAAGUUUAAUUUCUUGUUUUUUUUUUUAAAUUCAUUGAUAUCACAAAGGUUUUUGUACAUAAACUGUUUUGUAAUUUAUCGUUUGGAUGGCUCCCACAUAAUUUUAUGCUGUAAGUGCUAUUUUUCUAGUCUGAAGUGAAGUUUAUGAGCUCAGCUGCCUGUUCUUAAACAUGGGAAUAUGCAGCAUCAUGCAUCUAAAACAAUACGUCGUGCUUUUCUUUUUUCUUUGUUAAUCACUUAAACAAUCUCUGUACACAAAUGUUAUAUUGCUAUUUUACGUUAAAAUUAGUCUAAUUCAAACCUGAUGUAACCGGUGGCUGUAAUGCAUGGGAGGUUUCCAGAUGUACCAUAGGGUGAUCGCUAUGUGCCGUUUGUUCCAUCCGAGCUGCUGUUUGUAUAUAAGACUCUAGAUCAUUUUUUAGCCUCCAACAAAACUGACUGGACGAACAGUAAGUUGUAUGUGCAAUCAACUCUUUGUUCUUUGUCACCUUCUUACCCUUAUUGGCCCUAAACAAAACAAAAGACAGUGUAUGAGACGGUGUAUAAUCAUAUUUUGCUUUCGUUGUCCUUUUUCUCUCUUGUUUUCCAUGCUCUAGUUUCUUAAUGUGAUGUGGUUGUCUUAAAGUCAGCAACUUUAUGAUAUCAAAAUAAAGAUUUUUUUUCUUCUGCAUACCUUGA